AUGCUGCUGCUGUUGCUGCUGCUGCUGCUGCUGCUGCUGCUGCCUCUGCUGCUGCUGCUGCUGCUGCUUCUGCUGCUGCUGCUUCUGCUGCUGCUGCUGGGGUCUUGCUCUGCUGCUUUUUGUGGGCCUGCGGCUUCGCUGCUGCAGUGCUGCGGGGAGCUGCUGCAGCUGCUGCGGCUGCUGCUGCUGCUGCCGCUGCUGCUGCUGCUGCUGCUGCUGCAGGGGGCCCUUCUCCCGGGACUUUCCUUGGGAGGAGACGAAGGAGACAAAGAAGAAGAAAAGCAAAAAGUCAACAAAGGGGGGCCCCUCAGCUGCUCGCCGGGCCCUUUCCCUGGCAGGUUAGCUGCUGCAGCAGCAGCAGCACCUGCUGCAGCAGCAGCAGGUGCUGCUGCAGCAGCAGCACCUGCUGCAGCAGCACCACCUGCUGGAGCAGCAUCUCCUGCUGCUGCAGCAGCACCUGUUGCAGCAGCAGCACCUGCUGCUGCAGCAGCACCUGUCACGGCAGCGGCACGUGCUGCUGCUGCAGCACCUGCUGCUAAUGCUGCUGCUGCAGCACCUGCUGCUGCUGCUGCUGCUGCUGCUGCUGUGGGGGGACAAGGCUUGAAGGGACUGGACUCCGCAGAUAUUGGGCCUCUGCUGCUGUCCAGCAGCAGCUCCGGGGGGGGGGCCUCGUGCUGCUGCAUUUGCUGCAGAUUGAUGAGGGGCACUUUGGGGGCAGCAGAGUCCCUGGGCCUUUGUUUGCUGCUGCUGCUGCUGCUGCUGCCCCCGCCCAAGCCAGCAGCAGCAGCAGCAGCAGCAGCAGCAGCAGCAGCAGCAGCGCUGCGGUAG